AUGGCCUUGAUUUGGAGCUCCUCCUCUCUUCUUCUCCUCCUUGGCCUCCUGUCUCUCUUCCACCCUUUCACCACCAUGGUAGGCUGCAUUCGUGUCGGAACAGUUAUUCGGAAACCCUCGCCGGAGCUUCCCACUUUUCUGGAAGCUCCCUCUUUUCGCAAUGGCAAUGCUUGUGGGUCACAGGAGAUCGACAUCAUCCAUAUUGCCAUGACCCUUGAUGUUAAUUACCUUAGAGGUACAAUGGCUGCCGUGCUCUCAAUGCUACAACAUUCCACGUGUCCUGAAAAUCUCUCAUUCCACUUCCUCUCUGUGCAUUAUGAACUUGAGCUAUCUUCAAGCAUAAACUCAACCUUCCCGUUCUUGAACUUUACUAUCUACCGGUUCGAUUCUAAGCGGGUUCAGGGAAAGAUAUCCAGGUCCAUUCGACAAGCUUUGGACCAGCCAUUGAAUUAUGCAAGAAAUUAUCUUUCUGAUAUCAUACCAAUACAUGUGAAACGAGUUAUUUACUUGGAUUCAGAUAUUAUCGUAGUGGAUGACGUCGGAAAAUUAUGGGACGUGGAUAUGAAAGGUAAGGUAGUGGCUGCACCAGAAUAUUGCCAUGCAAAUUUUACUCAGUACUUCACUGGAACAUUUUGGGCAGACCCAGCACUGUCAAAAACAUUUGAAGGAAGGAUUCCUUGUUAUUUCAACACAGGAGUGAUGGUGGUAGAUGUAGAUAAAUGGAGAAAAGGUGAGUAUACACAAAGAGUUGAGAAGUGGAUGGCAGUGCAAAAGCAAAAGAGGAUAUAUCAGCUAGGGUCUUUGCCACCAUUUUUGCUUGUUCUGGCUGGAAAUAUCGAGCCAGUGGACCAUAGAUGGAACCAACAUGGGCUAGGUGGUGAUAACUUUCAAGGGAAAUGCAGGAGUCUUCAUCCGGGUCCAAUUAGCCUUCUUCAUUGGAGUGGUAAGGGUAAGCCAUGGCUAAGGUUAGAUUCUAGGAAGCCAUGCAUCGUUGAUCAUUUAUGGGCUCCAUAUGAUCUCUACCGUUCAUCAAAACAUUAUUUAGAAGAAUAA